AAAAAGUCUUGUUGCAAUUUUGUAGUCAUAAUGCUAUUGAAUAUAUAGAAAAUUCUGUGUAAACUGAAAACAUUUCGACUAGCGUAGUAAGGAGAUUCACUGCUCAUGCGCCGGCUGAAUUCUCUUCCACUUCGCGUGUUGUCACAGGGUGAACAUGUCGGCCCACAAAACAUUCAUUAUCAAGCGAAAGCUUGCAAAAAAGUUGAAACAGAACAGACCAAUUCCACAAUGGGUCAGAAUGCGUACUGGCAAUACAAUUCGUUACAACGCUAAGAGGCGUCACUGGAGGAGAACAAAGUUGAAGCUGUAAACAUGUUUAGAAUACUGUGAACUAAGCAUUUCUUGCUAAGUCAAAUAAACUCCAUCAAAACCUCCAACAAAAUUUCAUUUAUUUGUUUUGAAAUCCUACAAACUACUACAGGAUUAAAUAAAAGUAUGCACUGAUUGUAUUACUAA